AUGGCGGACCGCUUCAUCCCCGUUGUUGACACACGCGAGAACGACGAAGGUGGCAGCGACUGCACGGAGGACACGGUGCCUAAUUGCUACACCCCGACUUCCGAGAGCCUUGACAAUCCGGGUUUGGACCCAGCCACAACGCCUAUGCCACCACAAACCACCGACGAACCCAAAGGAAGCAAAAAGGCUUCGGCGGCGAAACCCGGCCCAGGAUUCAUCGAGAUGAGAAUGACGCCUGCAGAAUGGACAGACAAGCCCUGGGUAGCCUUUCUUGUGAUCGGGUGCGAAGAUGUCCCGCGUUUGAUGCGUGAGGGCUUUUUCUGGUCGACCGAAAAUGUGGUGCCCGAGGAAGGUUACAUAUCCGACAAUAUUAGAAAGGAGUGCGAAGGCCUGGGGUGCCGUCAUAAACGGACGUGGAUUAUCGCUGAUAAAGCCAACGACAAGGCUCCUCAAUGGAAAGGGAGACUUGAAGUCACGAGCCCUCUCCUAGCGACUCUCGCGGCCUUCCGGGUCAAGGAUCUGUCGAGGAAGAACGUCUAUGCUUCCUACGCCUGGAAUUGGGCCGGAAAGCUGAUAUACAACUAUGACUACCGCUACCCCAAGCACAACUUUAACUGUAUCUAUGAUGACGAGCCGCUGAAGGUAGCCCGGAGGAAGACCAACGCUGAGUGAAACCUUUGGUGGUUGGCAAGAAAUCAUGUGCUUUAGUAUUAGGAUAAUAUAGGUACCUUAGGUGUGGUAGUGAGCGGUAUCUCCCAGUGCCAAUACGAGACGGGAUAUCGUACAUGUACCUACUUCUUGCCGAAAGUUUGGGGGCCAGAUGCAGUCUUUCGAAUUCGUGCUUUUAUUGUUAA